UGGCGAGCUGAGGCCUUGGGAGCCGCUAGCUGGUGGAGACGCCGAAGGGUUCCUGGGGCCAAGGAAAAGGAAGGACAGUGGAGAACAGGUGCCCAGAGAUCCGAACUCGCGGGGCGGCUUCUGGUGACAGCCCAGGGGCUUCCUGUCACAGGAAGUUGGGUUGGGUCUCUGGGCCUCAGAGAAAGGCAGAAGGAAUGAGAAAACGGUGACGGGCUCCUCCGUCCACCGGUUGCUGCCCCACCCUCUGACUUGGAUGUAGCGACUUGUGAGAAGAUCGGUCGCCCUCCCGCUCGGGUUAGUCUUCUCCUUUUCCUUGGCGGAAACUAGAAAAGGCAAGAGUCAGACUCCAGCUUCCUCAAGGAUACGCCUUUAGUUUCCGACUGUCCCUGUCCUGCUGCCUGGCUUUAGGACCCUUUCCUCUAACUUGGCUGCCUCUUCAGCUCAACAGGAGCAGGUGCACAUAGUCUUCUUGCAGUUUGAUUUGAAGUUAUGUCAUUUCCUCUUCGAAGGAACUUUUUGUUUGUUUUAUAACGCAAUGGGAAAUCCAGAAAACAUAGAAGAUGCAUACGUUGCUGUUAUCCGUCCAAAGAAUACUGCCAGUCUCAACUCUCGGGAGUAUAGAGCUAAAUCCUAUGAAAUUUUAUUGCAUGAAGUUCCCAUUGAAGGACAGAAAAAAAAGAGAAAGAAAGUUUUGCUGGAAACUAAACUUCAAGGCAACAGUGAAAUAGCACAAGGCAUAUUGGAUUAUGUAGUAGAAACUACCAAGCCAAUUUCUCCUGCAAACCAGGGCAUCAAAGGGAAGCGAGUGGUGCUGAUGAAGAAGUUUCCUCUGGAUGGAGAGAAGACAGGCAGAGAAGCAGCACUAUUUAUCGUCCCGUCAGUUGUCAAAGAUAAUACUAAAUAUGCAUAUACUCCUGGAUGCCCAAUUUUUUACUGCUUACAAGAUAUUAUGAGAGUUUGUAGUGAAUCCAGUACUCACUUUGCAACACUCACAGCAAGAAUGUUAAUAGCCUUGGAUAAGUGGUUAGAUGAACGUCAUGCGCAAUCUCACUUUAUUCCAGCUUUAUUCCGACCUUCUCCCCUUGAACGGAUAAAGACAAAUGUCAUAAACCCUGCGUAUGCUGCUGAGUUAGGUCAGAUAGAAAACUCACUACAUAUGGGCUAUAGUGCACUAGAAAUAAAGAGUAAAAUGUUAGCCCUAGAGAAAGCAGACACCUGCAUUUACAACCCUUUGUUUGGAUCAGAUCUUCAGUAUACAAAUCGGGUAGAUAAAGUGGUAAUAAAUCCAUACUUUGGUCUCGGAGCUCCAGACUACUCAAAGAUCCAAAUUCCCAAACAGGAAAAGUGGCAGCGCAGCAUGAGCAGUGUUGUGGAAGACAAAGAACGACAGUGGGUUGAUGACUUUCCUUUACACCGAAAUGCCUGUGAAGGAGAUUCAGAAUUACUAAGCCAUCUUCUUGAUAAAGGAUUUUCAGUCAACCAACUAGAUAAUGACCACUGGGCACCCAUUCAUUAUGCAUGCUGGUAUGGAAAGGUUGAGGCCACUCGCAUAUUAUUAGAGAAAGGAAAGUGCAAUCCAAACCUUUUAAAUGGCCAGCUCAGCUCACCACUUCACUUUGCUGCUGGAGGGGGACAUGCUGAAAUAGUGCAGAUGCUCCUGACUCACCCAGACGUUGACAGGCACAUAACAGACCAACAAGGAAGAUCACCAUUAAAUGUUUGUGAAGAAAACAAACAAAAUAACUGGGAAGAAGCUGCAAAAUUGUUGAAAGAAGCCAUUAGCAAGCCAUAUGAAAAAGUUCGAAUUUACAGAAUGGAUGGAUCAUAUCGUUCUGUUGAACUAAAGCAUGGCAAUAAUACCACAGCACAGCAGAUAAUGGAAGGAAUGCGACUCUCUCAGGAAACUCAACAAUAUUUCACUAUUUGGAUCUGUUCAGAAAAUCUUAGUCUUCAGUUCAAGCCUUAUCAUAAACCGUUGCAACAAGUUCGUGAUUGGCCAGAAAUACUUGCUGAAUUGACUAAUUUGGAUCCACAAAGAGAAACACCACAGCUUUUCCUAAGAAGAGAUGUGGGACUUCCUUUAGAAGUUGAAAAAAAGAUUGAAGACCCACUAGCUAUUCUUAUUCUCUUUGAUGAAGCCAGAUACAAUUUACUGAAGGGCUUUUAUACAGCUCCUGAUGCUAAACUGAUAACACUGGCCAGUCUGCUGUUACAGAUAGUUUAUGGGAAUUAUGAGAGUAAAAAACACAAACAAGGUUUCUUAAAUGAAGAAAAUCUGAAAUCCAUCGUACCUAUUACUAAACUGAAAAGUAAGGCACCUCACUGGAUAAAUCGAAUACUCCAUGAGUACAAGAAUCUUAGUAUGAGUGAGGGUGUCAGUAAGGAAAUGCAUCACCUGCAACGCAUGUUUCUACAGAACUGCUGGGAAAUUCCUACGUAUGGAGCAGCUUUCUUCACAGGACAAAUAUUUACAAAAGCAAGCCCAAGCAAUCAUAAAGUCAUCCCUGUGUAUGUAGGAGUGAAUAUAAAAGGACUUCAUCUUCUAAACAUGGAAACUAAGGCGUUACUCAUCAGUCUAAAGUAUUGUUGCUUUACGUGGCAGCUGGGAGAUGCUGGCACUUGUUUUCAAAUUCAUAGUAUGGAAAAUAAAAUGAGCUUUAUAGUACACACAAAACAGGCUGGUCUUGUGGUAAAGCUGCUAAUGAAGUUAAAUGGACAACUAAUGCCCUCUGAAAGAAAUUCAUGAAAAGAAUUUUGAGUUUGAAUACAAACCACCAUAUUUUGUAAUGUAGAAUUUUUUUCCAUGAAAGAUUUCUGAAAAUAUGACUUGAUAAAGCAUGUAGUCUCAUAUAGUGUGUAUAUGCUGUUCCAUAUAUUGUACAGAAUCUGUACUCAUGUUUGGUGUGUAAUAUACCACUUAGUUUUGUAUGAUAUGCUCAUAAGCUCUUCUAAUUUUUGAGAGAAACACAUAAAAAUAGAUCAGUAGUCUGUAUUAUAUUAGACAAAAUAGUAAGCUUUAUAAAAAAGUUAUUUUUGGUAAAUAGCAAAGAAUUUAGUGUGGAAUGUAAUGAAAUUAAAAUACAGCUUUGAUAUAAUUUUGUGUGUUACUUCAAAAUAUUCUGAAAACCAACAUGAUUUGAAUAAAUAAAACUUAUUUUGUACUUGGA